CCAAGACAAUCUCAGCACCAGCUGAGUUUCCCAAGAGGCAUUCAGAUUCUGUGAACUUUAAGCAUCCUCUCUCAGAUUUCCCUUCAGCAUAAAAGAAGGGGCACAGGGACCACAGGACAGGAAAACGCAGAAGAUGCUGGCCUGGGAUCCAGGAGACGUGGAAGAGGAAAGUCGGGGGAGGGGAAGAGCCCAGUAGGCAAUCUGUUCGGAAGCUAGCAAGCAAAGGAGCGGGGAUUCCAGGAUGAGGGAGGCAGAGCCGUUUGUCUGCUGCAGAUUGAUGUCUGUGUCCUUGGAACAGAAGCAGUUCUGCCUCUGCCUGCUGAGAGUACACAGCAAUGGUGACAGAUUGAAGACACAGAGAAUGCUUUCCUAACUGACCCCUACCUGAGCCUCCGGAACUCAUGGCUUUUUCCAGAUUCAGUGGCCCAGACAGUGGGUGUCACUUGGGACUCAGCCCUCUCUGGGCAGCAAAUAGCCCUUGAAAUUCCAGAGGCCAAUGAGACUAAACAGCCAGGCUUUCAGGAGGCCAUGGGAACACACUUCCCCAAGGCCCCUUCUGAAACCGCUGGUCCCAGGUCUUUUCUGAACUCAUGCCCACCAGACCCCCAGGAGAAGCAGCCUCUGGAGAUCCAGGUGCAAUCCUGACCUCUUAAUCAGUCCCAGACCCAGGACAGAGCUUAAGCUCUCUUAGAAGAGGUGCCAGGACCUUUAAAGGCCGUCUUUCAUCUCUCUCCACUUCCUCCCUCCCACCUCUCAGACACAGCACCAAGAGGAAGCAUCCAGCAGUCAUGGGUGACAGGGCCACAAAAGAUCUGCAGGGAUGCUCGCAGGACCUGCUGACAGCUUCAUCCUUGUCCCCCUCAUUUCUCAAGCUUUGAUCAUCCCCGCAGACCCUGGGGUGUCUCAACUGAGUCCUUGCUCCCCAGACAGCACAAAGGGACUUCCUGUGGGUCUUAGGAAGUCCUUGGGUGCUUAGAGGCUCCCAAAGAAGUCUUAAGCCAUGAUGGCAUGCUCUCAGAAGCCCCACCUUCCCGACUCAGGCCUCUAAUGUAGCAGCCUCCCUGUACCUUGACUGUUGAACCGAGGGACACAGCCCUCAUGGGCUCCCUACAGCAUUGCUGCUGCCAGCUGCCAAAGAUGGGAGACACCUGGGCCCAACUUCCCUGGCCCGGGCCUCCCCACCCAGCCUUGCUGCUGGUCUUCUUCCUCUUGGCAGCUGGAGUGAUACACUCUGAUGCUGGUACCAGCUGCCCAGUCCUUUGUACCUGUCAUAACCAAGUCGUGGACUGCAGCAGUCAGCGGCUGUUCUCCGUACCCCCGGACCUGCCAAUGGACACCCGCAACCUCAGCCUGGCCCACAACCGCAUUGCAGCCGUGCCGCCGGGCUAUCUCACAUGCUACAUGGAACUCCGAGUGCUGGAUUUGCGCAACAACUCCUUGGUGGAGCUUCCCCAGGGCCUCUUUCUCCAUGCCAAGCGCUUGGCGCACCUGGAUCUGAGCUACAACAACCUCAGCCAUGUGCCGGCUGACAUGUUCCGGGAGGCUCACGGACUGGUGCAUAUCGACCUGAGCCACAACCCCUGGCUGCGGAGGGUGCACCCCCAGGCCUUCCAGGGCCUCGUGCAUCUCAGAGACCUAGAUCUCAGCUAUGGUGGCCUGGCUUUUCUAAGUCUUGAAGCCCUGGAGGGCCUCCCGGGGCUGGUGACACUGCAGAUCGGGGGCAACCCGUGGGUGUGUGGUUGCACCAUGGAGCCCUUGCUGAAGUGGCUGCGGAAUCGGAUACAGCGCUGUACAGCGGAUUCUCAGCUGGCUGAGUGUCGGGGCCCCCCUGAAGUUGAGGGUGCCCCCCUCUUCUCACUCACUGAAGAGAGCUUCAAGGCCUGUCACCUGACUCUGACCCUGGAUGAUUACCUCUUCAUCGCCUUUGUGGGCUUUGUAGUCUCCAUCGCUUCCGUGGCCACCAACUUCCUCCUGGGCAUCACGGCCAACUGCUGUCACCGCUGGAGCAAGGCCAGCGAGGAAGAGGAGAUUUGACACUGGUGCCUCUCAUUCCUCCAUGCUGCCGCCACUGCUGCUGACCGCUGCACACCUUGGAUCACGGUGCCCUGGCUGCUUCCAUCACAGCUCAAACAACGUUGGGAAACCAAUCUUGUAUGAGCGUCUUAUCCACCUUGGGCCCGGCACUGUGCUAGCACCUGGGAAUGAAAGACAAAUCCAACCCAGUCCCUGCCCUUGAGGUACUUACUUUUAGUAAAAGAAAGCAGUUCCAAAACAUUCUUUUAUGGCAAAAUGCCAGUGCUCUGAGAACAGUGUUAGGGAAGCCCAGAGGAGAGUCCAUCAUCUGUGCCUCAAAAAGCCCAAGAAGAAUUGCAAGAGUGAUCUGCUAAGUAGCUAGAGAAAGGUUGGCACCGCAAAUGGCAGAACACACGAUGCAGGGAAUGUUGAGAGCUGCUCACUGUUCCUUGUGGCCUAAGGGUAUAGAGGAGGUGUAGACAAAAGCAAAACUUUCCCUCUGACAGUCAGUUUUUCAGUCCCCACGGCUGCCUGCCAUUGCCCUCCACGAGUGCGAUGCCUCCUGUGCCAGCUCCUUGACCUCCUCCCGCUAGCAGCUUUGGGGUGAAAGGACCUCCGAGUGACUUCCCUGAUGGUGAGAUCCCAGAAAACAGGCUGAAGGUAAUGAUCCUCAGCACCCUUCUUUCUUUCUCUCCCUGUCUCUGCCUCCGACUUAAGGCUUGUCUUCAAUGAGAAGGCAGAAGUCCCCACAACGGGGGCAGCAAAAGUCUUGGCACCCUGGGAUCCCAACCGUGUAACUGUUCUUUCCAUGGUGCUUACACCAAAGGAACUCACCAGGAAAUUGCACUGUAAGGCUCAGAUCCUAGCAUGUUGGUACCCAGGACUGGAGGACAAAGCCACCACAUUCACAACCAUGGGACUGUAUGUCUUUUCUUCUAAGCAGCUCACUCAUUUGAGCAUAAAGGAAGGAGCGCUAUUAGUUGUUGAUUCUUGCUAGUGUCUGCAGUGUGCUAAGUUCCCUCAGUAGUUUCCUUUCAUACACACAACAGCUCUCUCGGGGAUUUAGUGUUCCCAUUUUGCAGAUGAGGUCACCAGGCUCAGAAUAAGGAUAAGGUAACAUGCUAUGUCAUGAUCAAAAUACAAUCAGUCUUCUCCACCACAAUUCUUUCUAAAGCUCCAUAAAUUCAUAUUCAAACCAUGCUAAUGAAGUUGCUGAUAUGGACCAGGUAACUCCUCUGGGCAUGCUUAUGUUUUCUGAUUCAUCUCUUUCCAUUCUCACUGACAGAGUUUUUACUGUUCCCACUUUGUAGCUGAAUUUAUUGUAGAGAGCUGGGCGACUUAUUCAGCUUAUCUGUGCAAACAAAGAAUAUGGUCAUUGUCCCCAUGGAGGAAAUCUGUAUCUAAUCGUAGAAACCAAGGACUCUGUGGAAACUCAAUCUUCAUCUUCAUCUUCCUCAUUCUGUGUCAUCAGCUUUCACCGUGGUCUUCCCUGUCUCCUUGGACACUGUAAAGGCCAGGGAGCUUCUUUUGCACUCCUCUCCUUGACUUCUCGCACUGCGGUGUGGGAAACUAAUCCAAACACUGGUUUACAGAUAGGAAAGGAGAAGUGUGGGAUUGAGUCUAAAUCCUUCCUAACGCUGGACUCAGUUCUGCCGUGCUUCUCUUUCCAGUGUUUCCUUGGGCAUUUGGGGGAAAAGAAUGUCCUGGAAGCCUGCACAACAGAAGUAACAGAACCCUAAAAUUCAACAGUCACUAGCACAAUAAUCACAAAAACCAAUAAAAGGCAGUAAAGCCCAGCUGUGUCCAGAUUGUGCUCACAGCCAGGCUGUGCCAUCCUCUAAAACAGAGGCAGCACCAGGGACAGCUAAACAGAAGACACCACCUUAACCAUGUAUGAGUACAUCGCUAGAACUGCUGACUUGUGUUGACAGUCACUUUUUCAAACAGCUCUAUGGAAAGCAAGAGCUGUAGCUCCUACUGUGGGUUGUGUUACAAGAGAAACAAGGGAUCUGAGAAAAUCACAGGUGAGAUCCUCAGUAGAAGAUGGGGAGACUUAAGGCCCGGUCUUGUUGGCAAGGCUGGCUUGAAUGAGAAUAAAAACAAGAGCUUUCUAUCUUACUCCAGAUCCAGCAAGCAUCCAUCAACCACCUGCCAGGUAGCCCUAAAAUGCUUGCGGGGAGGAGAUUAUGCUUCUGUCUCAUCUGCAUUGAUCUAAUGAACCAAAAUAGCCCCCCAGCAGCUUCCUGCCUCACUCUUGCUUAUACCGCCUAGGCCAGAGCUCUGCUCCUAUGAAAUAUAACAAAACUAUGUCCUGUUCUCUCUGUGGCCCAACUGUGGCCAACAAUGGUGGACUUCAGCUACCAUCCGCCAGUUAAGUUUAUCACCUACAGUGUUUUUAAAAGAAACUUUUAGAAAUAAUAUUCCUGAUUUAAAACAAAAUCAUUUAUCUUUCCGUAGAGGAACACCAUGCUCACUUACAGUAAUCUCCUGAGCACUACUGUUUGCUGAAUUAUAGUUAACAUAUUUUAAGAUAUACUACUCUGUUUUGCAUAGAAUUAGAACAAGACGAGACACCAAAUGCCUCCUGAGAUCAAGCGUCCUUUCGAGUGGCACAAUUUGAUCUCCAUUAAGGGCAAAGUCUUCUAAGCAAGAUAUAUGUGUAGAAAAUGUCUCUCCAACUUCUAGAAAGUCCCCAGUUAACUAAGGCACAAGAAGGGAGACAUCCAGCUUCCAUACCAACAUGGAGUUCCACUCCCCCACAUUCCUGUUCAGACUGCUGUCAGCACUAAGUGUCUAGAGAAAAUAAAACAAUUCUUGUUGCAAGUGUUUGCAUAUCCUGGUAACCACAAACCUAUUAUUAUGUUCCCAUGAUGUUUCAUUUAGUUUUUUCCACACUGACUAGCAUACGUAUAUGAUGGGUAUUUGUUUGUCUGUCUGUGUAUCUGUGGUCCACUUGUGUUGGUUAUCUGCUGACUUGAAGAAUAUUCCUUUGGAACUUGAGUUCAAUUUUCGGACACAAUCCACUCAGCUAUCAGGUUGAUACACAAAUAUGGACCCUACCCAGUUGUCUGGCUGCACAGGAAAUAUGAAAAGAACCAAUGUUGUAACUGAAGCAAUGUAGUGAACACCUGGCUCCUUCCAACUUCCCUCUGUCCUCCUCUAUCCCCUAGACACUUUGCAGAAGUUUCCUUUAUGCUGUGUCUGAAGAUAUUAGGUCAUAACUAACCAACAAGAUUAUGGUUGUCAGGGUCCAGACAAGAAAACUGUUCCUUAGAAAAGAUCCCAUGUCCACAUCACACCAUUCUGGACCAUGUAUCCUCAAGAAACCACUUCCUUCUUUCAUUCUUACUAGCAUUCCCAUGGGAACUUAAGGAAAUAGGUUGCCCAGAGCUGUUAUAGAGUUUCGUGGUCUCAGUUAAGGACUCCCAACCUCUGGGAAAAGCCAACAGCUGCAUUUCUCCGUAGAAAUAUUCUCUCCCACUCUUUUCAGUUGUAGAAGAGUACAAGAAGAUAACUUUGUUCAUUCCUCAAAGCUAGGAAACCUUGUCUGCUUUUGUGUACCCAGAAGGAGGCAAAAGGAAGUAAGGGAGACAAGACCCAAGGGCCUUUUAUAAAAGACAGUGCUGGCCAGGAGCUGGGUCCAUAAACCUCUCAGUUCUCCUAAG